AUGCAAGUUGUCUUUGAUUUGCCAUACGGUCUCGGUGUGUACUUAGGGAGCCCUUUAUUAUGGAGCUUUUGCAAGAGUUCAUGGAGAUCAAAUAGGAAGGAAACUCGAUUUAAGAUUCUCUGGCGGUUUGGUUGA